UGCAUGGUUUCUCAAGUAAAAGUCACUGAUAAGUGACAAAACGAAACAAUUUUAAGAUAAUCGCUAGUGUUGAUGAACAUUUAAAUGAUUACACCUUUACGGCUAGACAACGGACGCCCCAAGCUUUAAGAUGCAAAACUGAUAAGCCAAUUUGGAAUAGCGAAAAAGAUACAAUUUUCGUAAAGGAAGUGGAAAAUCGAGGUGUCAACUAUGUGAUGUCCAAUUUACUUUAAAAUCAUUGUUUGUUACUUAUGUUUUGUGCAUUUUUCGUUAUUUGUACAUGUUUAUGUAAUUUUCAAAGAUGUGAUUUUCGUCGUGAUAGUUGUUAAAAGCGUAGAACAAAUCUGGAUUCCACAGGACGGUGAUUUCGGUGGAAGUCAUGUCUGCUGAAGAGAGGUUAAAAAAAUUGGAGCAGCUGUAUUUACAUGGAGUAUCCAAAAGUGACGGUCAGUCUUUCAGCAUCGAAACCCUACUGGAUGUGCUGGUUAUCCUCUAUGAUGAAUGCACAAACUCAACCCUUAGAAGAGAGAAGAAUAUAUCUGAUUUUGUUGAGUUUGCAAAACCUGUCGUCAACCAGAUCAAAGCAUAUCGUCUCCAACGAGAUGAUUUUGAAACUCUUAAGAUCAUUGGGCGUGGGGCCUUUGGGGAGGUGGCUGUGGUUAAAGAGAAAGCGACGGAAAAUGUCUUUGCUAUGAAGAUUUUAAACAAAUGGGAAAUGUUAAAGAGAGCAGAAACUGCCUGUUUCAAAGAAGAACGAGAUGUUUUGGUGUAUGGAGACAGAAGAUGGAUUACAAAUCUGCACUAUGCUUACCAAGAUGAAAAUUAUUUGUAUCUUGUGAUGGAUUACUACUGUGGAGGUGAUCUCCUGACGUUGUUGAGCAAGUUUGAGGAUCGACUUCCAGAGGACAUGUCCAAAUUCUAUAUAGCAGAGAUGGUUUUAGCAAUACAUUCUAUACACAAAUUACACUAUGUACAUAGAGAUAUUAAACCAGACAAUGUGCUUCUAGAUCGCAGUGGACAUAUAGUGCUAGCAGACUUUGGAUCAUGCUUACAACUCUUGAAGGAUGGAACCGUACAAUCUUCAGUAGCUGUAGGUACUCCAGAUUACAUAUCUCCAGAAAUCCUCCGGGCUAUGGAAGAUGGCCAUGGACGCUAUGGACCAGAGUGUGAUUGGUGGUCACUUGGUGUUUGUAUGUACGAAAUGCUUUAUGGAACGCCAUUCUACGCAGAAUCACUGGUGGAAACCUAUGGGAAAAUUAUGAAUCAUCAGACCCGAUUUGAGUUUCCCAAUGAUGUUGAUGAUGUUUCCAGUGAGGCUAAAGAUUUGAUACGAAGGCUUAUCUGUAGUGCUGACACCAGAUUUGGCAAGAAUGGUCUGGAUGACUUCAAAAACCAUCCAUGGUUUUCAGGCAUUGACUGGAACAACAUCAGGGAUAUGGAACCACCUUACAAACCUGAAGUGUUGGAUGAUACAGACACAUCAAACUUUGAUGUUGAGGAUACAGAGUUUCGACACACUGAUAUGGUUCCACCAUCUUCACACACUGCUUUCAAGGGUCAUCAUCUCCCAUUUAUUGGCUUCACAUUCUCCAGACAUUUAAAAAUAUCCGAUUGUGGAAUUCUAUCUCAGGAUGAUACGGGUGAGGCAACUAGUGUAGAUGCACAUGCCACAGAAACAUUAGAAAGGAAAAUAAAGACCCUUGAAAGAGAAAACAAAGACCUGAUGAAAAGAAUACAAGAACUGAAUUCCACAAUAAAACAGCUGCCUUCUCAAGAUAUGAAUGGUGUUGCUGCUGCCUCCGGUGGUGAUGAUUUGGAAAUCAGACACUUAAAAGAGGAAAUAGCAGUGUUGCACAGAGUUGUAGCAGAGUCUCAAUCUGAAGUUAGUGGCCUCGAGCAAGAUCUGAAGAAAGUGAUGGAUUCUAGGCUGGAGAUGGAACGAAGAUUAAGGCUGGGUGAGGAGGACAAAGCAGCAUUUGAAAAGGAACUUCAUGACUGGCGAGAUAAGUACAAGUCCCAGGCACGAGAGUUGAAAGAUUCAGUUGCCAAACAAAAGUUGGCAAUUGAGCAGUAUGCAAAUACUAAUGAAAGCUUGUUAAAAGCCCAAUCAAAGAUCAAGGAACUAACUCGUGAAGCUAGAAAUCGAGAAGAAGAAAUGGAUGACUCGAAGAGCAAGCUGGAACUCUUGAAGAUUGAGAAAAGAAAAUUUGAGAAAAACGUAAAUGAGCUUCAGAAUCAGUAUGAUGAGGUUCGUUCCGAGGCUGGCAAAGAGAAACGACUGCGAGAGCGAGCGGAACAGUACGCCCAGGACCUGGAACAGGAGAUGGAGGCACUCAAGAGGAAACACAUGGGUCGGGCUGGUACCACUAGUUUCCUCGAGCUCAAUCAAGAAAUCUCUAGGUUGAAAGCUGAAAUUGAAAAGAAAGAUGUGGAACGUGAAGAAGAACUUGCCAAUGUCUCGCAUAAACAUUUACAAGACAUGAACAGCAUCAAGUUUCAGGUGAAGGACUUGGAGUCUCGUAAGAUGGAGCUGGAACAGGAGGUCGGCAUACUUAAACUGAAAAUCAAUCUUCAGGAAGAUACGGACGACCUGAAGGAACAGAUCACAAGAACAAAACUGAAAUACGAAUCAUCUGAACAUAAAAAUAUGAUGCUGAACGACGAAAUAGAUAGGCUGAAAGAAGAAUGCUACUCUCAACAUAAUAAAAUUGAAAACUUGAUUCAAGAACGAACACAGAUGGAAGACGAGAUUCGGGACAUCUACGACAAGCGGGAAUCUGUUGCUCAGUGGGAGGCACAGAUUUCAGAAAUAAUCAAAUGGGUGAGUGAUGAGAAGGAUGCCCGUGGUUAUCUUCAGGCUCUGGCCACUAAGAUGACGGAAGAGCUGGAGAAUCUCAAGGUGAUGGGUGUGUCAUCAGAUGAUCCGGCCCGCGGACAGCGGUGGAGAAACCGGCGUUCUCAGCGUCUCGACAAGAUGGAGCUCUUGAACCUGCAGUCGAGUCUCAACAGUGAGAUACAGGCCAAGCAGCAGAUCAGCGAACAGCUCACUCGAGUCAAGCAGGAAUACUCGUCUGCAGAAUCGAAACUAGCAGAAAGAGAUGAACUGAUAAAGCAGUUGAGAGAAGAGGUCGAUGAACUUAAAGAGAAAUGCCAAAAACUCCAGGAGAGCCAGGAUAGGGCAAAGCAUGAUGAUUGGGGUAAAUCUGGUGAAAAUUCCAUCUUCAAAUACCUGAACGACAGAUUUCCUAUAUUCACUGAUCAACUAUCAAAUGACAGUGAACGUGAGGAAGAUAGCGAAGACACAGCAUCUCGGACGGACUCGAGGACGGAUUCCCGGUCAGACCUGCAAGGCCCCGACACUCCGGAAUCGUCGCUUCCUCGGGAUGCGACCCCUUUCAAUCAGCCUUACGAACCCGUCACGUACGACCAGCCAUGGGCAGGCAAAACAAGUCCUGCUCAGGGUAGACCCUCACCGCCUCAGCCCAGAGUUCAUAAAUUCAUUGUAAAGUCUUUCAUGUCGCCGUACAAGUGCAAUCACUGCACGUCUCUUCUUGUGGGGCUGCAGAGACAAGGCAUAACAUGCGAAACCUGUGGUUACUCUUGCCAUGUUCACUGUAUGAAGAAAGCACCAGAUGUGUGUCCAGUCCCAUCAGAACUUUUAACAAAACGACCUGCUGGUGUCAAUAUUGAAAAAGGAUUGGGAACAGCAUAUGAAGGUUUUGUUAGGGUACCUCGUACAGGUGGUAUUAAAAAAGGCUGGGUUCGGCAAUACAUGGUUGUCUGUGAUUUCAAGCUGUUUCUGUAUGAAAUACCAGCGGAUAAAAACUACCCUAGUCAGGUUGUCCAAGAAGUGCUUGACAUGAGGGAUGAGGUGUUUUCAUGGUCAUCAGUGCAACCAAGUGAUGUUAUUCACGCCAACAAGAAAGACAUCCCAUCAAUUUUCAGGGUGUCCACUACAGAAGUGAAAGUACCAUUUGCUGAACAUAUUGUGUUACUGUUGGCUGAGUCUGCAAAAGAGAAAGAGAAAUGGCUGACAGUGAUAAAACAACUUCAUAGCAUCCUCAGAAGUAACGACAAACUUCCCAAAACAUGCAUUUACGAAGCUCAUGAAAUAUGUGAUAACACUGUGUCCCUUGUAAAAAGCACCCAUUCAGCGGCCAUUAUAGAUUCAUCUCGAUUAGUGCUAGGUACAGAAGAUGGCCUUAUUGUUUUAGAUCUCCACAAAGACAGUUUACACAGAGUUGGUGAUCGUAGUGAGAGGAAAAUUGUGUAUCAGGUGGAGGUGGUAGCCUCAGAACAACUUGUUGUUUACAUCAGUGCCAAACAAAAGCAUAUCAAGCUGCUUCACCAGUCUGCACUUGACGGAUACGAAGUGGAAAGUCUGAAAAUCAAUGAAACGAAAGGCUGUCACAUGUUUUGUACCGGACUUGUAAGGCAAGGCACUGCCUCGUGUAUGUGUGUUGCAAUUAAACGGACCAUACAGGUGUAUGAACUGAACAAAAGCCGGCAGCGGCACCGCAAAUUAAAAGACAUUCAAGUGCCAGGCCACGUGGAGUUCAUCGAGUUGGUCAGUGAGAGGCUCUGUGUUGGAUACCCGUCGACGUUCGCCAUCUACAGUGUUCAAGGGGAUGCAGCACCCAUGACUCUUGUGAAUACUGAGAACAGCAGUCUCAGAUUCCUUGUUCAGAACCCUGUCAAUGCCAUGCUGGCUGUGGAGUUGACACCCAAGGAAUUCCUAUUGGUCUUCAACAUUCUAGGAGUGUAUGUGGAUAACAAUGGUGAACGAUGUCGAAAUCAAGAAAUGCUGUGGCCGGCCCCACCACUGUUUGUCAGUUACUGUGAUCCUCACCUAUUGUGCUACACCGAGAACUCUGUGUUCAUCUUUGAUAUUCAUACCUCAGAGUGGGUUCAGACGUUAAAUCUUAGGAAGUCCAAACCACUGUGCAAGGAUGGUUCUCUGAGUCUGUUCCAUGGAGUGGACUCCCAACAUAUUGCUUACUUCAGAAACAUCCAAGCAGAAGAAGAUCGGUUGGCGAUCACUGAGGUUGCUAAGAUCAGAAGUAGUAGAAAGCGAAGGUUUUCAUUCAAGUCACGUGACGAUGACAGAAGUAGUAAAGGGUCUGAAAGACGUAAUCGAGAUAUUUCGGGGCCACUAUCAUUCAGCCAUGUUGCCCACGUUGGACCUGACCAGGUCUUGCCCAGUGUACCUCCGCAAACUGAUAGAAGAUCGCGAUUGAUUUCAAAUCCAAUCAACUUCAGUCAUAUAGCACAUUUGGGCCCUGACCAGGGCAUGCAGGUGCUCAUAGAUCUACCAAAGGCUGCAAGUGGUGGCACGGACCUGGAGCAGAUGCAGCGAGUGAAGAGCAUGUUCCAACCUCAACUCAAGUCUAUCCACGAGGCGCAGGCCCGCGGACCUCGACCGGCCAGCUCACACUACAACGGCAGUGCCUCUAACCGUGCAGACGGUGGAAGACCGGGAGUGAAUGCCGGCAGAGCGGGUCAUAACACGUCGUCAAACUGCUCUCACGACUCCAACAGCCUAGAGAAAGAGUCACAAAUGUUUGAGGAUAGUACUGAACAACCGAACUGGCGUUUUUCCGUAGCCUCCAACAACAGCAGUAGUUUGAGCAGUCCACCUGGCUCGAACCGCCACAGUCUUAUAGAAGACCGGGACCAAGGCACAGACACGUCCGAGCCUGAGCGUGCGACGUCCGAGCGUGCGACAUCCACAAACCUGUAGUGACUACUGUGAUCUUUUAACUGUGCCUCAGACACAUGUGUGCACCCUGCCCAACGAAACUGCCCCACCCACUUUCGCUAUACAAUUAACCUCAAUGUGUAGCCUUUAACACCAUGUCCUUUGUUCCCCAUCCAGAACAGUCGUGUGAUGAGUUCGUUCGUGGAAUACAACAAAUAAUCUUCCUGUUUCGUCGUUCAAGGGUCUGAAGAGGGCUUUUCACAAACCACUGGGCGAGUGGGUUAUGGGAGAUGUUUCAGAUCAACCUACACAUGGCAAGAAUUACCCGAUUUUGUCGUCUUCCUUCAGAGUAGCGACCACGAGCAAAUCAUGUAAUCUUGCUGCAACUGUUGUAAAUAUUAAAACUAGUAAUUUAAGAUGUUAUCCACGUUCAAAACACAAAACAUGGCCAUUCAUGCUGAGUGUUUUUGUAUCCUUGCUUAAGUAACUGUCAUUUUCUCGGAUCUAUAUGUUUGCCAAAUGGAAAUAUGUCCCACAAAUUGUUACUUAAGUUAAUAUGUAAUACGUGUAUACAAGUUAUUCUCCUGUAAUGUUAUGUGGUUUGUAUCAGUUUUAUUGCCCACCAAUUAGCAUAACAUAUUUAUAUUGAGAAAACAAGAAGGAAAUUUUAUCCUGCCUGUAUGUGGUUAUUUUUGAAUUGUAGGCCGAGUUAGAUAAGUUGUAAACCAGGUCAGAGAGUAAAUCUUGAACAUUGUGAAGCCAUAAAGAUGGUUAGUUGGCGGUGUUCUGGAAUUAAAUUAAUUUAUUACAUAAAUUGCCAUAAAUAUACAGAAACCAUUAAAGUAAUAAUAGGUAAAAAGUCUUAUUUUCACUGCAAAAGUCGUAUUUUACUGAAUUUAAGCUACAGUGAAAAUAUAGAAACUAUUUAAAUUUUACAUGGAACAAGUUCAUGCUUUAUUUACCUCCUUUUAAUAGAUUCUUUGAGCACACUUGUUAAAUGACAGCUUACACACUGUACAAACAAAAGUAUUGAAACAACACAAAUUGUGGGUAGAUCGAUUUUCUAGUUUUGGGCUUUGAAAAACCCAAAUUGGUUUCAUACUGAAUCAACAAUAGCAUUAUUAACUGUUUGUUUUUAAAUGGCAGAAUUUCUUCAGAGUACAACUGAAUAUGGAGCGCAUCGGAGAAAAGUAUUACCUUUAAAUUUGUGAUUUGUUUGCUUUAUUUGUUUAUGUUGCAUGCACACAAUGCAAAUGUUUUUGUUAAAAGUUGAUGUUUUGUUUUCAUCUUGCCAGUGUGCAGUGACAUGGUGAAGGUUUUCGUAGACACUCAUACCUGUAGAAGUGUAAGAUUAAGGAUCAAACAUGCUAUCUUUCAAGUGCCUUGGUGGGUCAAUAACAAAAGAACAACUUUGCCCCUUUAUUGAAUUGACAAGGUCACUGAAAAUGUAGAACUGAUGUCUAAACAUUUUUGGUUUAAUGAUUAUUAAUUUUCAUUACAGAUAAUACUAGUAAAUAAAAAAUGGGGCCUAUAUAUUAGAAUACAUGUGUAUAUUAAGUUUUUAAACAGUAAAUAGUCUUUAAUUGUUGAAUAUUAUAUGGGAAUACUGGGGGUUUUUCUCUCACUGAUGUACCUUUAAUUAUGCAAAUGUGAAAAGUAAAGAAAAAACAUUGGUGAUAAAAAAAAUCAGUCUAAUUAUAAUUACUACCGUACCCGUCUUGAAGAUGAGUUCAGACUUGACGAGGGAAUCACUUGGAUAUUUUAUCUGCCUUGCAUGCUUUGCCAAAGAAUUGAUGCAUUGUAGAGACUGAAACCAGUGGAUUUUGAAUGUCUUCCAUUUCUGUAUUGGAGCAGUGCUCACAACAUGACCAGUGAAGUUUAAAAAUGGUAUAUGACUUUCAUGUUUGACAUUAAUGCAGUUUAGGAAAGAGCCAGCAAACUGUAAAAUAUCCAUGUGCUGUUCAUGUAUUAUUAAAGUGUGGUCAUCAGACUUAUUGAAGUUAUAUAUAUAUUUUUUCUGCCCUUCACAAAGCAGUAUUUGAUAGUGAAAUAUGCAUUUGUCUAUAUUGUAAUGCUUAAAAGGAAAGUUUUGAAAGUUUUUCUAGCCCAUGUAUUUUGAGAAUGCUAUUGAGGUACAAUUAGUUGUGGGUUUUGAAAUCUGUCCUAUAUGUGCAUCAAGCAAACUUACAAAGGUUGGACUAGAAGAAUGUUCAGUUUUUUCAAGAAGAAGAUUAGAUACAGUUUUGAAGCGAACUUAAAAAAAUGUCUUCACAUUUCUGUACAUUAGGAUUGCAUUUGUACACAAACAACUUCUGCCGUGUUAGUUUUGGUUGCAACUGGAAAUGGUGGAUUUAUUAUGAAAAAAAAAAUAUGCUUAUUUGCAGGUGCCUACCUCAUUAAAACAAUACACUGUACAAAUUACAAUGCUGUUUGUUUUUUAGUCACAGUUUAUGACAACACUUGACAUCUUCUCCUUAUUUUAAACUGUUUUAAGAGUGUCUAAAGCAAUAUUGUGCAUAUCAAAGUGUGCUUUGACUUUAAACUGUGACAUAAAAUAUUGAGGUGAGAUUAUUUUAAGAGCUCUAAAACAGCUUUGUUGACUUUACAGCAUUUUAUGAAGGAUCCAUUCCUGUACACGGUAUUAAUAACUAGAUAUGUUUGGCUACUGUUGUACAUCUAAGUACACAGAUGCUAAACAGGGUUUCCAGAAACACAUUUUGCACACUGAUGGACGCAUUAAACCUGUUUUGUUAUAGACCUGAUUGAUGUUAUUCUGGUGGACUUGCCGUGUGGAUUUGUAACUAGCUUGUUGAUUGUUAAGAACAUUUGUUGUUUAUCUAAAUGAUGAGUGUGAUGUUGGGGCGUGUGUGGUACCAAGUACAUGUGAUAUAAUAGGUGGCUUGUGAUAUCAUGUAGUUAGGCCACCGUUGUGGCAAUCUUGGCAUGUGUGUACAUCACAGCUUUUUGCUGCCCAGUUCUCAUUUCUCUCUCUUACUUGCAGUUUCUUCCAUUAUAACGGGAGAAUUAAUGAAGUGUGCAUAAUUAUUUUCAUUUAAAUUUUUGAGAAUGUGUGAACUCAAACAUUUGUUGACUUUAAAAAAAGAAAAACAUUUUAACAAAUUAAAAUCUGGUUAAAUUUGUUGACCGUUCACAUCAUUGCCAUCAAUUGUUAUGAUUCCUCACUGCAGUAAUCAAAAGAAAUUAUUAAACUGGUUUCUAGUCACAAAAUAUUGUAUAAUAUUGAUAGGGGGGGAUUAAUGAUUACAUUCAUUUUUUAUUUGUUUAAAUAUGGAAUUAUAGAUCUGAUUAUUUUCUGAAUUUAUGAACUAAAACAAUUGGCAUACAUGUAUUCUACAUCAAUAGAAUUGUUGGCAUAAACAUUUUCAAUUUAACUUGUGUUAAGAAAGUAUUUGUAGUGCUUACGGUUUUUUAUAUAGUUUCUGUCGAAUCAUUGUUACUAUCAAAUUUGAUUUAUGAUGAUUGUAUUGCAUUAAUGGUGUCUUCCUUGAAUUCUAAACCUGAAGUGCAAUACAGGUGCUUUUUAUUCUUGGUAGGACCCUAUUUGUUUUAAUGAUAGUUAAGGAUUGGUGAUUUUUUGGUUUCUCUGUGUUGCAUUACAUAAAAAUAUCAGUAUUUUAAGUAGGAGCAAAUUUUCCACCGAUAUUUUUUUUUUUUUUUUUUUUUUAAAUAUUGAGUUGGCAUUUGGCUUGCCUAUGCUGUAUAGGGCCUGCUUAUGUCCCCAACUAUACAGAAUUACAUCUUUCUGUGUUGUUGAUUAAAUAAAAACCCAUCUUGUUAUUGCAAUCCAUAUUUUUCAACACUGUACGGUUUACUCAAAAUAGUAUGUACAUAUAUUAUUUUUUUUAAUCUUGGAUAUAAUUGCACUCUUAGAGUAGAUAAAAAGGCCUAUAUAAAUUUGCUGUUUUACACAGAAGUUUGUAUUUAUAUAGACAAGUAACAACUCUCAGUUUGAUGUGGCAACAAGAUGGUUUCACCACCUAUCAUAAAGGUGAAAUGGAAUGAAUGGGUUGAAUUUACAAAGCCUGUUUAUAUUUUACACACGUGUAACUACAUAUACUUAAAAUGUGUGUAAGAAAAACAGGCUUUGCAAAUUCGGCCCUAUAUGUUUAAUAGCAAAGUUGCUUCUGGCUAAUACCGUCUUUGCAUCUCAUUUUGUUAUUAAUAAAUUUGUUGUUGUAGUUAAGUAUGAUUUUGUUAGUAGAAUUCAGUGUAGUAAUAGUUGCACCAAAUGUAAACAAUUUGUGACUCGAUUUAACCUGUGUUGAUUAAGAGAAGCAGAAUGAUUUCGGGUAUCUUAUUUGUGCUCAAUCCUUCUGGGGUUUUAAUUUAUUUGAAUAGUGCUCAUGGUAUUUCAGGUUAUUAGUCAUUUUUUUAAACUUUUUUUUUUUUUUUACAAGAUAUAUAUGAUGGUACUCUUGUUACUACUACAAUAACCAGCUUAUAAGCUUGGAAUCGGUGCUCUACAAUAAACAAUACUGUAUUUACUCUAUCUUUGUAAAAAAGAACACAAACCCCACUUUCCAUGCAUAUGUAUAAUUACAAAAUAAUUUUAUGUGUAACAUUAUUUUAAUAACAGCAAAACUUAGAAACAAAAACACCCAUUACAAAUGUUCUUUUCUAUAUGCAAACGUUUCUGAUCUCCCCAGAUGAAGAAUACAGGUAUAUAGAAUUACUGAGGAAGUUCACCAAGUUUUUGUGAUGUACUAGCUUCACCAUGUGUACAGGUACUGUACUAGAUUGUGAACAUUUCAGUACAAAGCUCACAAAUAUUCUGGUACAAAGUUCAUGUAAAUACAAUGUACUACUUUUGGGCUCAGUAGAAUCCCAUCCAUAAAUGGUUGCGCUCAAGAGUGCUUUGUGGAGUAUGGAUUCAGAUGGGAUGCUGGGGUUUGUUUACCUAUAUUUUGGGGUUAAAAUUCCAAAAUAAUUAAAAUGUUCUAUGACCAAAAAUAAUUAAUGUGUGUGGAUUAAGGUAAGCAAUUUUUUAUUGUACACUAGCUGGGAGUAUUCUGGUAGUGACGUUACAUGAUGGAGUAUGUAUUGUAUAAUAUUUUCUCUAAUAUGAAGUAAAAGUAAAGUUAAGUCAUCUAUCGGUUUAAAAAUAUAAUUCAUAUGAAGUUGAAGUACAUUUAAUAGUGUUGUGUAAAAAAAACUUUAAAUGUUUUAAAUUAUUGUUUUUAAAACUAUACGCUUCCUUAUAACUAGAUGUGUAUUAUAAACAAAAUAUGGCUUUUUAUACUUCAGGUUUCUUAUUAGGUUUUUGAUGAGCAUACUGGCUAGAAAAAUCACUGCAAAUUGUAUAACAAGUAUGCACCUUAAGUGUCUCAGGAAUAUUAUCUUUUAUGUUCCCUGCAAAGUGAAUAGUUGAUGGCAUUUUGAUAUUCAUAAUAUUGUAUAUAUAUUAGUAUAAAGCAAUUAUUGUAACAAGUAUAGAGUUUAAAAGUGUAACUUCUUGGUAUAUUGAGUACUUGCAAAUAACUGCUGCUUUUUGGAGGGAAUAUGAAGUACAAAGCUCUAAUAGCAAGUUGUCUUCCCUUUCUUGCAAGUUGUGGUGAUAUACAUUUGUGUUCUUGACACAUCUUUUAGAAAAUUGUAUUUGUAACUAAUUUCAAUAUUAGUUCACUUUAAAACAACUUGCAAACUGUGAAUUAACAUAGUCCCCAUGAUGUGUAUGUAUUUUGCAUAUAAUCCUGUGUUGAAGUAUAUUAUUAUAAUUAUUUGUUUUAAUUUUGCAGAAUAGAAUGGGGUCAUUGCUAUCACCACUACUUUUACGUUUUAAUCUCCAUGUUCCUGUAUAUUGUAAACAUUAUUGUGCUAUUUAUGGUAUGUCUUUGGUUUGCUUUUAGUACUAGUUGCAAAACGGAUUACUGAGUCUGCAAAACUUUUUAUAUUGUCUUCUGUUGAUAUAUUUAGAGUUGUGUUCGAAUACUGGUCACUUUGUGGAAGUAAACACAAACAAAAUGCAGACUAGCAAGUAUUGGAAAUAAUACACUGUAAGAAUGUAAAUAUCUCAAUUUGAAUGUUACAAUAGAUCUAAACAAAAAUUUAUGUCAAAAAUCAUUUGGAGUUUUCGAAAGAUGUUAUUGAAACAUUACUCAAUAAAAUGUUGUGCACUGAAUAACUAUAAAGAAAGCCUGAAUGUUUGUAAUAAUCAUGAAACUUUAAAGAAAUAUUUUGAAUAACAGUUUUUAUUUCAGGACCCCCCCCCCCCCCCCCCCCCCCCCCAAAGUAACAACUGAAUUUUUUUUUUUGUCUUAGUGAUGUUCUCAUUUAAAAAGCCUACGAUGUGUGUAAAACAAAACUUGUACUUUCAGUUUCAUGACCAGUGCUUUAGCACAACACACCUACGUUGUAUAAAUUUCUGAAAAAGACUUGCUGAUAAUUAUACAGGAACAAAGUCCUUAAAUGGAAAGCAGUUGUAAUCAAAAUUGUAUAUAAAAACAAAUCAAUGUAUUCAUAUUACACUCAUAUGUGCAAUGAUUGUAUCCGCGUUUUUAAUCCAUAGGUACAAAUCUAGCAUUGUUCUUAGCCGAUUGUAACUGUGUACAAAGUGUAUCAUAGAAUAUGCUAGCUGUAUAAAACAAAACAAAAUCCCUCAUCUGGGCUGUGUAUAGCAUUAGAUGCAUAUUGAGCCAAACUGUACAGCCUUUUGUAUAAGCAGUGCUUUGCUGGCCACCACAUGAGUAAUCUUGUAUAUUUCCAGGUAUGUUUUGUAUUAAUAUUAUGUUAUGUAAACUUGUAUAUGUCUCUUAAAAAAAUAAUAAAUGUGAAUAUCAU